UUGGAUAACGCGGGUAAAACGACAAUAUUGAAAAAUUUGGCAUCUGAAGACAUAACACACAUUACGCCCACGCAGGGUUUUAAUAUCAAAAGUGUGGUGUCGGACGACGUAAAACUGAAUGUCUGGGACAUUGGCGGACAACGAAAAAUUCGUCCGUACUGGAAGAAUUAUUUCGAAAACACGGAUGUGCUAGUCAAGAACAGAGAACAUGGCAACCUUAUCACGUACAGAGAAGGUUACAAUCCCAGUCUUCUAAGUUUUCAAUCUAUCGGCCCCGCAGUAUAGGC